CCGUGGGGGCCAAAAGCGCAAGGCGGACCUCCGUCUGCAAUCAUUUUAUUCAUAGCACGAAGCACUUUCGGAACAUUCCAUCUACUUGCGGGUCCUCCAGGCUCCAGAUUAGGUCUGUGACAUUUCCAGCUACCUGUCUGUGGGACGGAACACUGGUCCGUCCUUGUAUAUCAUGGAGGGGACCAGCGGAGUUCGCAUGCCGAAGGCUUGCAGAACAUGCGCCAAGGCAAAAGUUCGCUGUGAGACCCAGAGAGAAGGUCCUUGUAAGCGAUGUCGUCGUCUCAGUAAGGAUUGUGGUAGCCAAACGCCCGGAGUCCAUCGACGGCAAAAGAGCAAGCCUGCCAAAGCUGAUGUUGCUGCCUUGGAAGCCAAAUUAGAUAGAAUGGUAGCUUUACUAGCUGCUUCUGAGCGACCUCCCGGGAGUCUCUCGUCGGACGUCACGCCAUCGCCCGGGUGCUACUCUGCGACAGCCAGGAGCGUGGAUGUAUCUACACCAGGAGAUAUAGAAUGCCCGGCUUUGUUGGAGACCUAUGCCAAAAUGAUGAUUCCGAUGUUUCCCUUCGUCCCAGUACCGUCCCACAUGACCGUUGAAGAUCUGUGUCGUGAAAGACCAUUUCUUCACCUGAAUAUCACAAUGAUCGCCUGCCCGAACCCUGAGCGCCAACGAGAGCUAUCAAAGGCCGUCAAAGAAUAUAUAGCCGACCGCAUCAUCAUGCAGGGACAACGGAGUCUCGAUCUUCUUCAAGGUCUGCUGGUCCAUCUGGUUUGGUUCAUUUCUGUCUCUCGGAUACCUCGACCGAACUUCUCUGGUCCAAUUAACGGCCCUAUAUGUGAUUCAAAUAUACCCUCAAAGCUACCGUCUCAGGGAACUGCGCAAUUGGAUGCUUUCCUACAUCUUACCAUGGCACAGGCAAUUAGUCUGGGUCUGAAUCAGGAUCCACGCAGCCCAAAGACAUUGAAUCAGCCCAUCGCCUACUUAAGUCAGGCCGACUCUCAUCGGGAUAAGAGUUCAACGCGUACGAUAGAGGAUCGUCGAACCUUUUUAGGGUGCUACUAUGCAAUGAUGGUGUUAUCGGUCUGCGCCAAAGACAUGGAAUCAUUCCGUUUUACCGAGUACACGAAUGAGUGCUGUAAAUUAUUGAAAGAAUCUCCCGGGACAUUGACAGAUACAUAUGCGGUUCAACUCGUGAGAGUCAUGCAUCUUGCCGAGAAUAUCAAUCAUACGAUGGCUAUGCGUGAGGUCUCCUCAGUCCCCUCGGCGCCUCUUGGUAUGAGUUUGCGAUGGCAUCAAGCUGAGCUUCAAAAGCUGAAAGAUUCUUUCUCGUGCAGGGAGCCCCACGCAGCCAUACUAUCAUUUCACUACGAUACGCUGGAGAUGUUACUCUAUCGCAGCUCCCUCGACAGCGAGAACUCAGAGAACGAGUACGGGAACUAUCCCGUAACACGGCUUGAUCUCCUCUACCGCUGCUUGGAAGCCACGAGAUCUUUCUUUCACCACCUGUAUACUCUUCCAGCUGUAUAUUUCCGCUUCCUGCCCUUUACAAUAUCCAGCCAAUUUGGGCAAGCAAUCGUCACAUUAUCGCAGUUGACCCUUUAUCAAAGCGAGAACGGCGCUUGGGAUCGCGCCUAUGUCAGGAACACCAUUGACUUUGAUCAGACCGUCGAUACAAUGGGGCGGAAGUUGGAUGAAGCUCGAGCUCUCAUCCCAAAACCAGGCGAGCAGGAUGCCACAUCCUCUAAUGGCCCACCCGAGAUCUUCAAGAGACUCCCUGCUCGAAUGAGAAUGAUGAAGGAGAUGCAUCGACGCAGGCAAGAAGCUCAAGAGAAGGUGCCGCAGUCACAGGCCGUUGAAGAGCCAUGUGAUCUUAAUUAUAUGUUCAAUUUACCCGCAGAAUUUUUCAUUACUGAUUCUGACUUCUAUGAUUUUGCGGGGGCUUUCGAUGCAUCCAACAUCAUGUGAGAGGCUGUGCUGUGACCUAGGCGGUGGUACUUGGAGAUUCCGUACCUGCGGAGAAGAACUCCCGAUCCAUAGUCCCUCUUGGAGGUUCUGCAGAUAACUUGACCUCUGAUACAAUCAAUAUAGACCUGAAUGAGAACAUGCUUCCAAAUAUAUUUCCAAAGAUCCAGUCCGCUGAAAGAAAAAACAUCAUUCUAGCGCACGAGAAGUCUUAAACAGCUAUAGUAGAUUCAAGCGGGUGGUGAACCCAUGAAGUUUCCGGCGACUACACUCUCAAAGGCUUGUGAUAUUUGCGUCGAAAUUGAUCUCCCGGCAGAGGCAAAGGGUAUUUUAAAAUUUUAUUCUCCAAGAUUUCAAAAACAUUAAAUAUAUCCUUGUAAUUUUAUUACAGGGCGACAGCACCCAAAGCUGCGGCAACAAUAGCCAUAACUCCAGCCAGGUUGGUAGCAGCGAAUCCACUGGCGCCACCGGUAUGAACGGUAGUCGCAGCAGAAGUGGUCGAGUUUGCAGAGGCAGUGGAAUUUCCGACCUUCGAGGCAGACGAAGUCAUCGUACUCAGAGAAACAACGGGGGAGCUAGUAGGCGCAGCGGUGACCAUGCUACCAUCGCUCUGGGUCUGAGUGGUGGAAAUUUCCGAGGAUUCGCCAGUUGCAGUAGUCUUGGUGGAGGCGGUGGUUUGCGAGACGGUAGUGGUAGUAGCGGCCAACUUUCCGUUGGGACCCCAGCCUGGCAUGUAGCUGGGCGUCACAGUCGCAGUGCCGGAGUAGAGAGGGCAACCCGGCUGGGUGGUCUUGGGAGGCGCACGACCGCCGCCGCAAUCAACGAAGUCGCAGAUCUCGCCGGUGUCGGGAACAUACCAGAUCAUACUGGCCUCGUGCCAUUGAUUGGUAGUUUGCGACGAGAUGCAGCCGGCGAGAUCGGUGCGGGCAGUCGCGAGACCGACAAGGCCGAGAAGGACGGGCAGGGCAAACGCCUUCAUUUUCGCGAAUAAUUUGAAACGAAUGGAUUGUGCAAUAUGCAGGUAAAGAGCGGUCCCGGGUAGGCGGGUUCAACGAGCGACAACAAAAGUGAAAGACUGCGCGACAACAAGCCUUGCUGAAACGGCGCGUGAGCGUUGUCUUAUAUGUCAGUAUUCUUGGUUCAUCCGGCAAUGGGAUCUGGAUUGGAUCUAGCAUCAAACUCUCCCGCAAAGCCACUGGACACAUCUUGCUUUAGGCCAGUCUAGUCUUUCCAG